GAUACAAAAACAAUAACUAGUAGCCCUGAAGUGCAACAGUGCACUGUAUGCAGGUUUUUGUUUUUGUAUGUUGCAUCUGCACCUCAGGGCUGCAUGUUUUUGUUUUAGUAUAUUUGUGUUUUGCACCUCAGAGCUGCUAGUUUUUGUAGAGCCACCGUAGAAAACGCUUCUUUCAUACUGUGGAAGGAUAAAAAGGUUUUUAGAUGCUGCGUUACAAAGGCUUAUAUUCUCUGAUUGGCCAUAAUUUGGUGAUUGGCAACCAUUUGGUAAAGUCUAUAGGCAUGGCAAUGGCUUCUGAUUAUAUAUUUGGAGACUCUGUCCCCAAGAUGCAACCAUGUUUAAUAGAUCUACAGCUGUGGUCCUUGGAUUUUUAUUCAUCCUCCACCAGGCUGGUUUAUCACUGCUCCAGUGAUUCAAAAGGACUUAAUUAUUGAUCUAAUGGCGAGUGGUGUUUUCUAUGUUUUUUCUGUGUUUUUUUGUAUUGGUUUGUAAGCAUUUAAUGACUUGUGAACAUGAACAACUGAACAUGAACAAGCCUUUAUCUUGUUUCAUCUGAGAGCAAAACAGCAAGUGAGACAUUGGUUUCCUGUUUCACCAUAGUGAAACAGAAGGACAUAGAUAGCCACAACACAGUGCCCUAAGAUUAACAUGAACCUGGCAAAAGUAGCAGAUUCAAUACGGUCAAUGCAAUAUAAUCUCUGUUGGAUUUUAGAAGAAUAAUUAAGAAAAUGUAUAUUAUUAGUUAAAAAUCUUUUUUCCCCUCUCUUUAGUACAAAAUAAUAUAAUUUUUCAGUUUUUUGAGCAUAAAACCCAUUACCUGUAGUGUUUAUUUUAGACAGCCAAUUUUUAUCAGGGGCGUCAUACUUUUCCUUCAAAGUACCCGGAGGAAAACCAAUGCGGACACGGGGAGGACACGCAAACUCCACACAGAAAGGCCCAGGCCAGGAUUUGGGACUUUUAAUUAUUUUCAGAGGACAGCAGAGGAUGGCCUUUAUUUCUGCUUUUUCACAUGUACUGUUUGUGGUACUUCUAAUUUUAAGAUUCACGCAGGGGCAGGAAAUGUGAGUCAUACUGCAUGUCACUGAAAAAAAUUAGCAUUAGCUUAGAUAGUUUUGUGCAGAAGCAAACACUUCACACUUCCAUAGAGAGGCAGUUUGGAUCAGUGCAACUGAAUCUUCUGUGUGUAUAUUCGGUUGGAAAGUUGACACUGAAAACCAUGCUGGUGUGCGUCUGGCUGGUCAGCAGUCUGAUUCACAUGAUCUCAGGCUGUGUUCUGUCUGGUUCUAAAACCAUAGACAUCACUGGGUUCACAGGAGACUCACUCGUCCUGCCCUGUGCCUGUACUAAUGAGCAGAAGAAACCUGAAUGGAUCAGAUGGAUUGUACACCCAGGAGGCCCAAGCACUGUUAUAUUUUCACAAAGUCCUCCCAGUGUCAACGAUCGCUACAAACACAGAGUGCAGGUGUUGGACUCCAUUUCCCCUGGAAACCUGUCUCUCCGUCUCUCAGAUCUCACUCUGUCAGAUAGGGGUACAUACAGGUGUGAAGCAGAUGGGCACUACAGAGACAUCAGUCUCACAGUGGAAGCGUGCGUUCUGUCUGAUUCUGAACCCAUACACAUCACUGGGUUCACAGGAGACUCAGUCGUCCUGCCCUGUGCCUGUAUUGAUGUGCAGAAGAAACCCGAACAGGUCAAAUGGACUGCACACACAGGAGGCCAAAGCACUGUUAUAUUUCCACAAAGUCCUCCCAGUGUCAACGAUCGCUACAAACACAGAGUGCAGGUGUUGGACCCCAGUUCCCCUGGAAACCUGUCUCUCCGUCUCUCAGAUCUCACUCUGUCAGAUGAGGGUACAUACAGUUGUGAAGCAUCUAGAACCAUUUACAGAGACAUCAUUCUCACAGUGAAAGGCUGUGUUCUGUCUGGUUCUAAACCCAUAGACAUCACUGUGUUCACAGGAGACUCAGUCGUCCUGCCCUGUGCCUGUACUAAUGUGCAGAGGAAACCUGAACGGGUCAAAUGGACUGCACACACAGGAGGCCAAAGCACUGUUAUAUUUCCUCCUAGUGUCAACGAUCGCUACAAACACAGAGUGCAGGUGUUGGACUCCAUUUCCUCUGGAAUCCUGUCUCUCCGUCUCUCAGAUCUCACUCUGUCAGAUGAGGGUACAUACAGGUGUGAAGCAGAUGGGCACUACAGUGACAUCAGUCUCACAGUGAAAGGCUGUUCUCUAUCUGCACCCACAGAGGUCACUGGGUACACAGGAGGCUCCGUGGUCCUGCCUUGCUACUGCACUGAGGGACAGCCAACAUUAAACAACGCCAAAUGGUUUUUUCAUCAUGGUAGUUCAUAUAUCGAACUUUGGUCGUAUCCUACUACAGUGGACGACCACUACAAAUACCGGGUGAUUAUUUCUGCCACCCCAGGAAACCUGUCUCUCCGUCUCUCAGAUCUCACUCUGUCAGAUGAGGGUACAUACAGGUGUGAAGCAGAUGGACAACACAGAGACAUCAGACUCACAGUGAAAGGCUGUGUUCUGUCUGAUUCUGAACCCAUAGACAUCACUGGGUUCACAGAAGACUCAGUCAUCCUGCCCUGUGCCUGUACUGAUGUGCAGAGGAAACCUGGGCUGAUCAAAUGGACUGCAUAUCCAGGAGGCCAAAGCACUGUUAUAUUUCCACAAAGUCCUCCCAGUGUCAACGAUCGCUACAAACAUAGAGUGCAGGUUUUGGACUCCGUUUCCCUUGGAAACCUGUCUGUCCGUCUCUCUGAUCUGACUCUGUCAGAUGGGGGACCAUACAGGUGUGAAGCAGAUGGACAACACAGAGACAUCAGUCUCACAGUGAAAGGCUGUUCUCUAUCUGCACCCACAGAGGUCACUGGGUACACAGGAGGCUCCGUGGUCUUACCUUGCUACUGCACUGAGGGACAGCCAAUACCAAACAACCCCAGAUGGCUUUUUCAGCAUGAUACUUCAUAUAUCGAACUUUGGCUGAAUCAUAAUACUGGGAACGACCGCUACAAAGACCGGGUGAUUGUUUCUAAAACCCCAGGAAACCUGUCUCUCAGUCUCUCAGGUCUCACUCUGUCAGAUGGGGGUACAUACAGUUGUGAAGCAGAUGAACAACGCAGAGUCAUCAGUCUCACAGUGAAAGGGUGUGUUCUGUCUGAUUCUGAACCCAUACACAUCACUGGGUUCACAGGAGACUCAGUCAUCCUGCCCUGUGCCUGUAUUGAUGUGCAGAGGAAACCUGAACGGGUCAAAUGGACUGCACACCCUGGAGGUCAAAGCACUGUUAUAUUUCCACAAAGUCCUCCAAACGAUCAACCUCAAACCUACCACCAGGCUCGCAGUUCAGGACCCAGGACAGCACCACUCUGCGAAGCCCAGCCACAGGACCCUGGAGAGCGGCAACCGGGAAAUUCCCCAACUCCCUCAUUGGCAUUCAACACACCUGAAGUCAAUGAGGCCACACAGCUGCCGCUACUCCAGGGAAACAAGCCGGGAGCUUAA